UAAUGAGUGAUUAAAGUGAUUAAGAACCAGAAAUCUCUGAAAUUGAUGAUGCUUCUUAAAGUAGUUCAAAUGUUGGGAUAGGUCUAACAUCAAAUGCAUCAGAUUUAGAAUAGACUAAUACAGAUUCAGAAGGUACAUUUAUAAAUCCAUUAAAAUUAGAUAAACAUUCUGUAACAUCAGAAUCUGAUUCAGAUGAAGAUUAAUAAAUCAUUAGAACAGGUGGACAAAUUUCCUAAAGCAAAGGAAGAAGAGUGAAUAAAAAUGAAAGAAUAACACCACCAUUUUUAACAAAAUAUGAAAGAGCAAGAGUAAUCGGUACAAGAGCACUUUAAAUUAGUAAAAAUAGUCCUAUAUAUGUUGAUCCAAGUAUAUAAUAAUUUAAAUAUUAAUAGAGGAAACAACUGAUCCAAUAAUGGUAGCUUAACAAGAAUUAAAUGAAAAUAAAAUUCCUUUCAUAAUUAGAAGGUAUUUACCAAAUGGAAACUUUGAAGAUUGGGAAUUAUAAGAAUUGGAGCGUUUAGAUUGAUUUAUUAUACUCAGAAUAUUAAAAUAAAG